AUGUACAAGAAAGACUCUCCUAAACGUGUUGCAUACGCCGUCAAAGAGUUUCGAAAAGACGCAUAUGAAAGCAAAGAGGAAUACGCGAGGAAGGUAAAAUCAGAGUUCAGUAUCGCUAACAGUCUGAACCAUCCAAAUAUCGUGCAGACUGUGCGUAUCUGCACCGAUUCUGGUCUCUUGAAUCAUGUCAUGGAGUAUUGUAGCUAUGGGGAGCUAUUUUCCCUGGUGAAAAAGGACUACUUGCAGCUGGACGAUAAAUUGUGCCUCUUUAAACAGCUGAUUCAGGGAGUUUGGUACCUGCAUAGCCAGGGAAUCGCACACCGUGACAUCAAGCUGGAAAAUCUGCUUCUGUCUGAGAACAGCCAUCUUAAAAUUACUGAUUUCGGUGUCGCGGAGGUUUUUAGUGGUCUACACCCCGGCUUGCGCGCAGCUAAUGAGGAAUAUGACAAGGAACUUGACGAGGUUCGCAGAUGCGCACCAGGAAUAUGCGGUAGUUUGCCUUACAUCGCGCCAGAGGUCUUGGAAAAGAAUGGUAAGUAUUUAGCUGCCUCUGAGAUAUGCUGUGACUAUGAUCCACGAGCACUUGAUGUUUGGUCUUGCGGCAUUGUAUGCCUUGCACUCCUCUUCUGUGGCACUCCCUGGGGAGCAGCUGACUUGAAGGAUCCUAAAUAUGCCCGCUUUAUGGGGGGCUGGGAGGAGUUCUUCCGGAAGAAGCCCGAUGGAAUUGUCGAGGGCCACGAAUACCCUUUAUGCGGUCCGGCCUUCAGAGGCGUUCCCCAUUUAAGUCUUCUGCGCGUUCUUCUACAGAUGCUUCAUCCCGACCCAUACAAGAGAGUCACCAUUGACACCGUACUGUAUACUCCCUAUGUGAAAAGGAUUGUGUGCUGUUGCUCGAACAGAAAGAUAAGACACAGACAUGGCCCGCCAGCCAAGAAAGGCCUGUUCAAACGCCAUUGA